GUAGGAUCAACGACGGUGCAAUCGAUUUCUGCUUCGUGGAAAAUAAAUUAAUUCACGAAAUGACGACUUUUAGAGUAACAGCAGAUGAUUUCCAUAGAUUGGAGUCGAGAUUUGAUUCGUUGCGGAAUGAAUAUAUGGUUUGCAAAAGAAAGCUAGAAAGCAAAUGCCAGGCUUUGUUGAUCCUGACCAAAGAGAUGGGACAGUGUAGAAGUGAAAGGGACCAAUUUAAACUGAUGGCUGAGCAACUCCGUGAAAGAUAUCAGGGUCUUAAAAAGCAAUUACACGGACAGAUUCCUAAAAACUUUGAUGAUAGCAGAGCUGGUCUGCACAGGCUGGGAGAGGUGCCUUCCCAAGCUCUUCUGGUUGAGUCAAGAGAACACAACAAAUGUCUACAGUUUGAAGUAGAUGAUCUUAAGCAAAAAUUGCAAGAUGCAAGAGGUGACAUUAAGCUGCUGAGAGAACAGAUAGCUCGCCAGAGAGUAGGGACUACAGACGAGGGAAUCAAUACCAGACACUUUCCUGCUCAUGAAAGAGAAAGCCUUGUCAAACAGCUAGAAGAUUUUAGAGUACAGUACACACAACUUGAACGGGACCUGCAGCAGGUACUUGAUGAGAAACAAGAGCAGGAAACAGAAAGAGAUGCAUAUAAAACCAAGUAUGAGAGACUGAACCAGGAGUUAAACUACAUACUGAAGGGCGACGAAAGAAGAGUGGUCGAUCUGGAUGCACUCAUAAUGGAGAACAAGUAUCUCCAAGAAAGACUGAAACAGAUGGAAGAGGAAAAAUCCAUUGCCAUGGCAACUGUUUCUAAGUAUAAGACACUUUUGGAGAGAAGAAAAAUGAAAAGUGCCAUGAAAUUAGGUCAAAGUCGCAGUGGGGGUCUUAUCAUUUCUCAGAAACAAGUACAACAGUUUUUAGAAGAUAAGGGUGAGUGUUCGGUGACCCCUCAGACUGUGGCCGAUAUCAAAGCUUUAGCAGGUGCCCUGCUGGACACAGUCAACGACAAAAACUUGGCUCUGUCUCAUCAAAGAAAAACAAAUAAAAUUUUAGGAAACCGGAUCUCUGAACUAGAGAAGAAAAUAAAAACAUUAGAGGUAGCGGGACUUUGGAAUAUUUCACCUGCCACAAAUUUGGGAAAACUGAAAGAAGAAUGUGAGGAGGUCAGGACAUUGAUUCCUCAGCUGUCGCAGUCCAGUGAGGAUGGAGAAGGUUCAUGCAUGAAUUACCCAAGUACACCAGGAUCCAGUGGAAGUUCAUUAAACAGCAGUCCCCAGCAUUCUGUCAGUGCCCCCCAGAAUGGCAGUCCCACUCACAGAACAGAUGACUCAGAUAAAUCUAGUCCUGCUUUCAGUGGAAGCUCAUUAAGCAGUCCUCAGCAUUCCAAUACUGACAGCCCUACAGAUAAAAUGGAUGAAUCUGAUAAAUCUAGUCCUUUAGACUCAUUCUGUGACAGUGGUGAUAAAACUAGUCCCCGUGAGGGAAGUUCAGAGCUAUCUUGCUGUGAUACAAGCCCCAUGCUGCAAAGCCUGGAGUCUUUUACCAGUAUUAAUUCUCAUCAGGAGACUAUUGAUGUCAUAGCUGGUGAGAUGUCUUCACCAUCCUCACCAGAAAAUAGUCCCAGAUACAUUUCAACCCAAUCUUCAAAUAGUACGAGUUAUUAUAACACUGUGGAAUCACCUAAUCACAAUGCUAGAGCCAACUUGGAGAUGCUUGGUACAGAUGAUUUGGAUUUAAUCCCGGAAAAAGAGACUUCUGCAACAAGUCAUAAAAGAAAUCUAGAUAAAGAUCUGCUAGAGAGCGAAGAAAAUGAAGAGCUGUUAACCGCUUCAUCAAAUGAAGGGGGACAACUCUGCUUGGAAAUGAAUGAUACAGAAGAGCAAAUCAACCAACUAAUGGAUGUAAUGACAAACAAAAUGGUCAGCGUUAAUCAGAGGUCAACAGUCAAGGACAUUGGUCAGUCAGAUUCAUUUAAUAGAUCAGACUCAAAUUAUGAGGAUGCUAAAGAAUCCUUCGAUAAACCAUUGCUAAGUAAAACCGAAACACCAAGAGAAGACCUAAAUGUUGAGUGCUAGAUUUAAAGGCCAAUUAAUUUUUUCCUUCUUUUAAUCAUAAUACAUUAAGGAAAAGCCAGUAUCUGUAUUGAUAUGUAAAUUGAACUGAUUAAGUAUCAAAGUAAUCCUCAGUAGUUUUAUGAA